UCCUUCUCCAUUAUAUGAGCUUGCAUGUUGUCGCUGAAACAUGUUUGUUUGUUGGCCUGCAUGUCUUGCUCUGGAAUUGUUACAUGUAUCAACGCCUUUUGGUAAGAGAAAUAUCAGGGAGCCAAUUUGGAAUGCUCCUAUUAUUUUUCACCUAACUAUUGAGGCUGAGUUUUUUGCACUUAUAGGCAGGAUGCGCACUUUUCCUCUUGUCUGUAAAUCUUUGUAUGUCUUUCCCCUAGGUACGACGCCCUUUUCAAUAUUGGUUCUCCCUAAGAGGAUGAAGAUCUUUUCAGUCCCCUUUGCAUCUAAUCUUGGGAACGCUAGUAGGACAGCCAUGGGUGUAGGUGCAGGGCCCGGUGGAGGGGGUGGCGGAGGGGGUGGAGUGGUUGGUGAACGCAGAGAGAGUGGUAGUGAGGAUUGGUACACGCCCCUUGCUAUCUG